UCUAGCACAGCUUUGUUUUGGUUUUGCAGCGAAAAAAAACAGCAGCGUCGUGAGUUCUUUUCGUUUAUUUACCAAGCCUCGCACAAACAAACCAGCGCGUUACGUGUUGCACAGAUGUUUGCGGAUCGUCGAGGCAAUCAAUAAGCGAAAGAUAACUUGGCAGUUGAACUCCGGUGCUGGAACAAGAUGGACACGAACGCUGGGGAGUCGGCAUCGCCGCCGUCGAGCAAUGAGGCGGCGGCUGGAUCCCAGUCCCAGAGCGAUGCCUCCGAGGAGGAGGAGUAUCUGGACAACAGUAUCGAACUGAGGGGCUAUCUAAGCAAAUGGACGAACUACAUCUAUGGAUGGCAGCCGCGUUACAUUGUCUUGAAGGAUGGAACCCUCUCCUACUACAAGUCCGAAUCGGAAUCGGAUUUCGGGUGCCGCGGAGCCAUCAGCCUGACCAAGGCCACCAUUAAGGCCCAUGAGUCCGACGAACUGCGCUUCGAUGUUGUGGUGAACAACCUGAACAACUGGUGCCUGCGGGCGGAGACCAGCGAGGAUCGCAUGCACUGGGUGGAUGUGCUGCAGCUGUAUAAAGCGGACUCCGGGAGCACGGACACCACUUCCUUGCGCCGCCAUGGCAGCACCAUGAGCCUGCAAUCGAACACCAUCUCGCUGACCAGCGGUGGCAGUCUGAAGAAGACGCAGCGCAACCUGCGCGAAAAAGUCGGCGAGCUGGAGACGUUUAAGGAUAUACUAUUUGGACAGAUCGAGACUCUGCAGCGAUACUUCGACGCCUGCUCGGAGGUGAACAAAAACAAUGCCCAACCACUGGAUCUGGGCGACGGUCUGAAGUCCAUCGAUUUCAAGGGGGAAUCCAUCACGUUUCGGGCCACAACGUCCGGCGUGCUCACCACCCUGCAGCAUUGCCUAGAAAUCAUCGGCGAGAGCGAUGAGUCAUGGAAACGGAAACUGGAGCGUGAAAUAGAUAAGCGCCGACGUUCUGAGGACCAAAGCAAAAAGCUGAAGGACGAAGUCGAGAAAAUGAAGCGUUUAUCGUAUCCUGGCCCAGAUUUCGAGGAGGGUCCACAUUCCACAUUGCCCGAGGAUGAGUUCUUCGAUGCGGUCGAAACGGGCCUGGACAAAAUCGAGGAGGAUAUGCAGCUGCGCUUUAAGCUGAAGCUGCAGUCCCAGAUCUCCCAGACACUGGUCAACGUUCCACACGAGGCGGUGGCCGAAGGGGAGGAGGCCCGCGAGGAGUUCGGCACGGGUGCGGAGGCCACCAGCCAUGCCCUGUGGCCGGAGAUCGAUCGCGUGUGCAAGGAGCAACUGCACUACGCACGCGAGGGCGUUGGCCAGGACGGCAAUGGCUGGCAAAUCUUUGCCGACGAGGGGGAGAUCAAAAUGUACAAACGCGAGGAGGAGGUCAACGGGCUGGUCAUGGAUCCCCUGAAGGCCUAUCACACGGUGCAGGGCGUGACGGCGAGGGAAAUGUGCCAUUACUUCUUCAUGCCCGAGUUCCGAAAUGACUGGGAGACCACUUUGGAGGACUGCACUAUCCUGGAAAAAAUAUCGGCGGACACCCUGCUUUUCCUGCAGACCCAUAAGCGGAUAUGGCCGGCCAGUCAGCGGGAUGCGCAAUUUUGGUCGCACAUGCGCAAGAUCACAGACAAUCUGGAGCCGGGCGCCCGGGACAUGUGGGUGGUGUGUAACAAUUCAACGGAGUACGCUAAGCAGGAGUCCAAGAAUGGAAAGUGCGUCCGAAUCUUCCUGACCGUAAUACUGGCCUGCCAAACCCAUCUGCCCGAGGGUUAUGUGAAGGGCCAGCCCCUUAAUCGCAACGAUCUAACCUGCAAAAUAACCUACUGCUCUGUUGUUAAUCCCGGAGGCUGGGCGCCAGCGAGUGCUCUGAGAGCCGUGUACAAGCGGGAGUAUCCCAAGUUUCUGAAGCGCUUUACGGGAUACGUAAUAGACCAGUGCAAGGACAAGCCCAUCAUGUUCUGAUAUUUGCCAUAAGCAACAAAGCAAUCAAAACCAAUCAAAGCUGAAUCGUCUCACGUGUUUGGCUUGAACUUUAUCCUUAAUAAGCCUCCAGUUUGUGGCCUCAACUAUAUUUUGAAAUCUGUUUUGCUACUCCUUACUUCAUUUCUAUAACCAUUUCGUUGAGUUUCACGACUUUGGUUCUUCUGUACAAGAGUGUUCUCUAAGCGAAAUGUUAGAAUUCCCUUUUGUAUCUGCGCUAAGGCAACCAAGAUAUAGUGUUACCUAUUUAGCCGUAAGUUAUUUGUAAGUGAAACACAAUCAUUGUAUAGAUAUUAGUUCCAAAACUUUCUAUCUGUAAUAUCUGUAUAUCUUUAUGAAAAUGCUUUAAAUGCAACAAUUGCAAGAAUGAUGUGAGGGAUGCAUAGCUACAUGUACGAAAGCUUUUCUUUUGGUGUGUAUCUAUAUUAUAUAUCCGCAUACGUACGAGUCGAGUAUAUAUAUAUAAAUAUUCCCAUAUUCCCGCCCAGAAACAUCGGUUUUACUCAACUGUCAAGUGUAAAUAAAAGCGACUUACUGUUAUCUCCGAAUAAAAGAAA